AUGAUACAAAAUCAAGUAGAAUUCUACAACUUAGAUGGAACAACAGUGUAUAAGAAGGCAGAGUUACCAAAAGUAUUCUCUAUACCUGUAAGAAGCGACUUAGUCUGCACAGUGCAAAACAGCGUUAGAAAAAACAGCAAGCAGCCAUACGCAGUCGAUCCGCUAGCCGGUAUGAGACACUCUGCGCACUCGUGGGGAACAGGAAGAGCACUUGCAAGAGUGCCCCGUGUCUCUGGAGGAGGUACUCAGAGAGCGGGACAGGGAGCUUUUGCCAACUUCUGUAGAAAAGGUAGAAUGGCCAGCCCAACGAACGUGCUGAGAAGAUGGUUCAGAAAGACAAACAAAAACACAAGAAGACACGCAGCCUCCAUGGCAGUAGCAGCAACUGCAUCGGCUGCCCUCGUAGAAAGCAGGGGACACCUGAUCUCCCAGCUUAAGUCCAUCCCCAUCGUAGUUUCUAACGAGAUAGAGUCUCUCAGAAGAACAAAGGAGGGCCUGGAGCUUAUUAAGAACUUCUCGCUCACAGAGGAAAUCAACAGAGUGAAGGAGAGCAAAAACAUCAGAAGCGGAAAAGGAAAGGCAAGAAACAGAAGAUGGGUCAUGCGAAAGGGAAUCCUGGUCAUCUACCACGAGGACAAGGGAAUCACAAAGGCGUUCAGAAACAUCCCGGGAGUAGACCUCAUGAAGGUAGACAGACUGGACAUCCUGGAGCUAGCCCCUGGAGGCCACUUGGGAAGACUGGUCAUCUGGAGUGAGAGCGCAUUCGAGAGGCUCAGAGAACUCUUUGGAGACGCAGGAUACACCGCAGUUAAGGGAGGAUACAGGCUGCCAGAGUCUAAGCUCAGCUGCCCAGACUACAGAGAAGUCCUGAAGUCAGAGGAAGUCGUCGCGCUGUUCGAUAAGAGGCCUACGCUCGUAAUGCCGAGAGUGAAGGCAGUGCCCAGCGCAGUAGCAGCAAUUAACCCUUACUAUGAGCUGUUCAACACGGUUUAA